CGUGCAGUGUGUUUUGUGUCCUGGGUGAGAUCGCCUGGAUUAUCAUUAGCGACCAGCGUGUCCAGCCGUAGCCUACGAGCGGGCUGGAACUGCGAGACCGGGAUCGGGAUGUAGCAGGUGCCAUAUGACUGGGGCGAUCCGCGAGACUAUGCCCAGCGUGGAUUUUUUGGGGGAGAAAAGUUCAUUCGAAGUUGAGCGAGAGAGAAACCGAAGCACCUGCGACCGAAUGGCGGAUCACUCCAGCGAGGGCAGCUUGCUCAAUGUUCCGGCACUGCUGCGGAGAGGCGUGUCCGAGACGGACUUGGACAGCGACGGGCCGGGCAAGGACUCGGGCCGGGAUUUGGGUCGCGCUCGCGGCGGACUGGACUGCUUGCAGCAGAAGGUCCUUAAAGUGACAGAGCAGCUGAAGAUCGAACAGACGGCCAGAGACGAGAACGUGGCCGAGUACCUCAAACUGGUCAACAGCGCAGACAAGCAGCAGCUGGGACGCAUACGACAGGUGUUUGAGAAGAAGAACCAGAAGUCGGCCCAUAGCAUCACGCAGCUGCAGAAGAAACUGGAGCAGUACCACAAGAGGAUGCGCGAGAACGAGAACGGGACCAAGCACUCUUCCUCCUCCUCCUCCUCCUCCGCCGCCACCACCAACGCCAACACCAAAGAUGGCAACAGCAAGACGGCCUCCAAGGACAGCCUGAAGGACUGCGUCCUCCUGAAGGACGGCGCCCCCCGAGAGGUCAAGCACCCGUCCCUGGACAAGGUGAAGACGGCGGUGGGGCCUGGGGUGAGCCUGACGUCCCCCUUCUUCUUCAGCAAGCCGCGGGAGUUCGCCAACCUCAUCCGCAACAAGUUCGGCAGUGCGGACAACAUCGCUCACCUCAAGAGCUCCAUGGAGACGGGCGGGCCGGGGGGGUCGGGGGUCGGCGGGGGCCGGACGCUAAGCGGGAGCGCCACCAUCACGCCCAAGCCCAAGUACCCGCCCAGCGACGACGAGUGCUCCACGGGCACCACUGACUCGGUGGACAGCACGGGCGCAGGCGGAGCGGGUACAGGCUCGCAGGGCACGGGCGACGGAGGAGGAGGAGGAGGAGGUGGUGGUGGUGGAGGAGGAGGAGGAGGAGGAGGAGGAGGAGGAGGGGGGCACGGAGCGCAGAACGACGCCAACAACUGCAGGCUGGUGGAGGCGCUGCAGGAGGUGCGGGAGAUCCGCAAGACGCAGCUGCAGCUGGCCGAGGACAUGGAGGGGCUGAAGGUGCAGUUCAAGAGAGACUACGGCUUCAUCACGCAGACGCUGCAGGAGGAGAGAUACAGGUAUGAGCGGUUGGAGGACCAGUUGAAUGACCUGACGGAGCUUCACCAGAAUGAGACGGCCAACCUGAAACAGGAGCUGGCCAGCAUAGAGGAAAAAGUGGCCUACCAAGCCUACGAGAGGGCCAGAGACAUACAGGAGGUUCUUGAGGCCUGUCAGACGCGCGUCUCUAAGCUCGAGUUACAGCAGCAACAACAGCAGAUUAUUCAGCUGGAAAGCGCAGAUGCCAAGGUGCUGCUAGGGAAAUGCAUCAACAUCAUGCUGGCCAUCGCCACGGUUAUCCUCGUGUGCGUUUCCACGGCGGCCAAGUUCACCGCGCCGCUGCUGCGCAGUCGCCUGCACGUUUUCGGAACGUUCCUGAGUGUGUGUCUGCUCGCCGUCAUCUGGAAAAACUGGGAGCACGUGCAGUCUGCUGUGGAGCGCCUGAUACUGCCCAGCUGAGCGUGUGUGUGUGUGUGUGUGUGUGUGUGUAGGUGUGCGUGCGUCAUGGGUGUAAGGACAGGUGGUUAAACCUUGAAAGAGUGUGUGUGUCUGUGCGUGCCUGUGUCUGUCACGGGUGCAAAAGACAGGAAGUUGAACCUGAAAGACUGUUGUCGACCAGAGAUAAACUGUAUGUAGCUAAAAAGGAAAGAAAAAUAUUUUUUUAAACACUUGAAGCCUUUUUCGUGCUGUGUUAUUGAUGUGUUUGACAUCUUUCUCAGCAAACCUGAAGUAAGUUUGUGUGCGGUGUGUGUUUUUUCUGGUGUGUGGGUGUCUUAGGUGUGAAAAAAUUCUCUUUGUGGUUUGAUAUUUGAGCUCUGAGCCAGUUGGAAAGCCUAAUCCAGCCCUGAGUGCUUUACCCUCUCUCACUCGUCAUUGUGUGGACGGAGGCGUGUGUGUGUGUGUGUGUGUGUGUGUGUGUGUGACGAAAGAACAUCCCCUCAAUUCAACAGCACUCAAGAGAAAGACCUAACACACUAUCUGUGAGAGAGUGUGUGUGUGUGCGCAUGUGAGAUGAAGGGAACAUACUCCUUUACCAAAACACUAUAAAGAACACUAUAAGGGAUGAGUGAAAGAGAGAGAGAGAGAGAGAGAGUGGGAGAAGAAGCAGAGGAAUAGUGAAAUGGAGAGGGAGAUUUUCUUCUUCAUUUAGAAAGCAUGUUGUCAUGCGUCCAGCCUCUUGUUUUCAUGGCAAAGCCUCUUAUGUGCUUUUUGCCUGUUUGUUAGAUGCUACGUGCUUUUUGUCUUGUGUGUGUGUGUGUGUGUUUACGUGUCUAUCUUCUUUUUAAUUAUGCUGUUUGCUUCAACAAAUUGACCUUUGACCUUUAUAGAACUAAAGAACCUCCCACUCAGUGUCCUUAUGUUCUCUCCUUUUCUUACGGGAUGGGGACCUCUAAGAAGUGACAGACAGAAGUGUGUGUGUAUGUGUGUAUGUGUGUAUGUGUGUGUGUGUGUGUGUGUGCGUGUGUGCGUGUGUGCGUGUGUGUGUGCGUGUGUGGGUGUGUGUGAGACAGAGAAAGCGCAAUGCUGUGUGUCUGUUUGUGUGUAUAUGCAAGUGUUAUUUGUACUGUUACAAUGAGCGGACUGUCCUUUGAUAACCUAAGCAACCUCCCACUUUGUGUUUUUGUAUGAUGUCACCUCCUCUUGUGUGGAACAAUCCAAGGUCUGGAGUAGGAAGUGGUGGACAGAAAUGUGUGUGUGUUUUUGUGUGUGUGUGUACAUAUGAGAAGCACAUAAUGGUUGUAAGCAUAAUAAACAAGUUCAAAGUUCUCUAUGUAUGUACAUGCGGGUGCUUGUAUGCCAUGGACAGGGCUGUGUGUGUGUGUGUGUGUGUGUGUAUGUGUGCGCGCACGUUUGUAUUUGUAUUGUAUACAUGUGUAUGUGUAUGUCAACUGGAUAAUCCGGUUAUGAAUCUCCUCCAUAACACAAUUUUACAAAUUGAAAAAUAAAUCCUCUUCUUUUUGCAAA